AUGUUCUUCAUCGCCGUUUUCACUACUCUUAUAUUGAUUUUAUUUUCCGUGUUCAUCUGCUACCUUAACUUUCUUCUUUUGAUCUCAAUAUUUUGGCGCAAAAAAAUUCCUGUAAACUUACAUAUGAUGCUGACUUACUGCAGAUUUGGUGUGGACUUGGUUUAUACAGUUGUUAUAUUGAUUCUCAAAAUAUAUUUCUUGCUUACGCAGAUUUCCACUGAUUUUAUUAUUAAAAACGUACACUUUUCACUUGUAAUUCCAGCCGCUUCAAUUGGUAAUAUGAGAUCAGUUCUAACACUUUUAAUAGCCCUCGAAAGAGUUAUUGCCAUAUAUUUUCCAAUUUUCUUCCACAUUUAUCGACAAAAACUUCCGAAUUUUGUAUUUUUACUCAUUAUCCUAACCAGUGAACUUUUCAACCAGUACAUGAUUUUUGGAUUUUGUGGAAAUGUUCUUGAAACACCAGUCGAUUGUCUUAAUUUUUUUUGUGCUGUGAACAGUUGUUACUACCGCUACUGGUUCUCAAAUCAACAGAUCGUUUGCUUUUUGAAUGGAGCAUUCUCAGUCGCUCUGGUUUUUCGACUUUAUUUCUGGAAGUAUUUCUCGGGAACGGAAACGAAUAAGGAUAUUUCGAGAGCCACCCGUAUAGCCCUACUCGACUUUUUCAUAAUGCUAUUCUUCAAUAUCAUUCCUUUGUACAUUUCUAGCCAUAUUACUAGUGUCAAUUUGGAAAUAUUGGGAUUAUUUAUUGUUCUCAUCAAGACAUUUGGAUAUAUGAUUGAAGGAGUGAUAACCUAUCGACUUUUGUUUAAUUUCAAAAUUAUUGCUGCUAAUGGGACUACACCAGUUUCAUAACUGUUUAUUUUACCACUUAACUUCUUUGAUAUUUUUGUAUUUGACUCUAAAAAUAUAUACAGGUUAAUU